GUUUGUUCUUUUUGUGUGCUUCUUUGCAGGCCAGCUUUUAUGUGCAUCGGCACUGUGCACUCCACAGCGAUGCCUAUGAGAAUGUCUUAGCCCAGCAAGCACUUGCAAGGGGGGACUCUGCUAGUUUUUCCCCCUUUGGGAACUCCAGUUGAUGAGUCAACACUAGUGAUGGAGAUCCAUUGAGUCCUGUCCCUGACACUAUUCAUUGCCCUUUCCCCCUUUCCCCUUUACCCCUGCCCUGCCUGGCUAGUGCACGAACAUGCUGCGCUUCCUCCCACUCAAGCUUGGCCGUUUGUACCGGUGUCUGAAGCUUCUUUUUGUAAUUGGCCUGUUUGUCAUCUUGCUGAUGAACACGCACAACCUCUUCGCCUCUUUCCAAAAGAAUGAACUCACCGACCGAAGGUUCAUCAACCUCAACAAGUGCCCAGCCUGCUUUGGCACCAGCUGGUGUCGCAAGUUCAUGAAUGGACAGAUAUCUUUCGAGACAUGGGGUCGCCUUCGCUUCCUGGAUGUCUUCAAUGUGAAAAACGUUUUCUUUGCCCAGUACGGGGAGCCUCGUGAGGGUACACGGAGGAUUGUACUCAAGCGUUUGGGUUCCAACCAAGAGCUUACUGAUAUUGACCAGAAGAUUUGCAAGCGGGCAACAGGCCGACCUCGUUGCGAUCUUAUCCAGGCCAUGUACAAGACUGAGUUUGCCCGACUUAAUGGGGACGUCAGACUCCUAACCCCAGACGUUGUGGAAGGCUGGUCAGACCUUGUUCAUUGUCCGUCCCAAAGACUGCUGGACAGAAUAGUCAGGAGGUAUGCUGAGACAAAGGACUCUGGAAGCUUCCUCCUUAAGAACCUUAAGGACACAGAAAGGAUGCAGCUGUUGAUGACCUUGGCUUUCAAUCCAGAGCCCUUAGUGCUUCAGAUGGUAUAGACAGAGAAGCUGUAAUGAGACGUGCCCAUUCAAGGCCCUGAGAGACCAACCCAGUUGCUGGGGUACAGCUGCUUCACUUGCCUCAUUUGUGUAUAUCUGAAGAGGCUAGCAAAGUAAAGUCACAACUGACAGAU